AUGUUGGGCAAAAACGUUGCGACAGUUUUAUGUAGAAGUACCAAUAAGUAUUUUUGUGUUCCGAAGCGAAGUUGGACGCAAGUUGGACACGUAAUUUCAACACCACCAAGAGUUAAAUGUUCAUAUACGGAGAAAUGCCUGCAUGCGAUGUUUAUGCUCACUUUCUGGCUCUCACCGAUGGCCUAUUUUUUAACACAGAUUAAAGUUUGGCGGAGAGUUUACAUAGAAUAG